AUGGAGAGGAGAAAUAAUAACAAUUCCAAUCGUAUAAGUUCCCUAUCCACCAUCCAGCAUAUUAUUGAAAUAACCAAUGAUUUGAAUAAUUUGUUACCAAUUGGUACAUUAAAUUUUUUCAACUUACCCCUUGAUAUAUCUGACUUAGGUGGCUUGGAUGUCAAUUCCAAUGCUUCAACAUUAAUUGAUUCUGGCUCUGAAUCUGAAUCUGAAUCUGAAUCUGAAUCUGAAUCUGAAUCUGAAUUUAUAUUUAAAUGGAAAUGGUUAGAUAUUAAUUUCUUUAUUCAGAUAUGUAAAUCCCAAGUCCAUCCCAUAUUUUUUGAUUUACAAUUCCUUAUUAAUUUCAGAUAUAUAAUGGCAACUUUCUGUAACUAUAAUAUUUAUGAUGAUAAUUCCAAUCUGAAGAUUACAUUUUCCAAAGUGCGAAUUUAUGGUGUUCCAAAUGAUAUACCAGGGUCAAGAUUUAUAACUGAUUGGAGAGCGACUCGUCCUAAACAUUUUGCCAUUGAAAAGAAUUUGAAAUUUUCAUGGCCUCGCUUAUUGCAAUAUCUUGAUUUUUCUCUUGCUAAUUGGGGUAUACCGUCUCAAUUACUGUUUCACCAAUUUUUCAAUAAUGCGCAAUCACUAUUGUUGAUCGAUGUGCAGGAUACCCUGAAGGUUGAAGAGAAGGAAUCACUGUCUGACUUGAAUUUCCACAUUCAAAGAUGGUCAUUCAAUAAUCAUUAUUAUAAAGAGAUUGGGCAACAUUCAGGCAAAGAUAGCCUUGGAUCUAAAGUGCAAAAGAUUUACAAUCAAAUUGAUUCUCCUGAUUUAUCUUAUUAUGACAAUAAGAUUGUUAAUUCUGGAUCUAAGUCUUGGUCAAUACCCUCAACUAAGGACGUAUUAAUUACUUUGGUCAAUAAUGCUAAAAAGGGAAUCACUACAAUUGAUGGUGUCAAGUCAGAUCUAUAUCCUUUCCAAAUUCGUUCUAUUGCCAAGAUGUAUGAAAAGGAAUCCUUAUCAAGAAAAUCACUUAUUCCUUCUUUUGUAAAGAUACCGUCAAUAAUAGAUAAUGAAUCUUUCUAUUACUUUGAUUUUCAAACUUAUUUAUUAUAUUCCAAGCCUGAAGUAUAUACUCUUCCUCGAGGUGGUAUACUAGCGGAAAAUAUGGGUCUAGGAAAAACUCUUAUUUGUUUAAGUCUAAUAUGUCUUUCUAAGUUUGAAGUAUCAAAAAUUCCUGAUGAUUUAUUAUUGCAUGAUGAUAAAGAAGAACUAGAAAUUGAAGAAUUAAUAAAAGGAGAGGAUGGAGAUCUUAUCCCUUCCAAACCCAAAUAUAUUCAAGGUAUGAGAUCUUUAGUCGAUAUUUGUAAAGAAAUUAUAAAUCAAAACUCUCUAUCUUGGAAGUUUUACGCCAAAGAUUUAUCUAAUUCAGUCAUAGAUGUCUUGUCAAAUGAUCCAGGUUAUUUUAGAAUAAAACUUAUAGAUAGAGAAUACGAAUCACAAUUUUCUUUACGAACAAGAAAUCCAUCACUAAGAAGGAAGUUACUUGAAGAAGAUCAAGAAAAGGAAGGAAAUAUUUAUAGAACACUUUACCUUUGCAAUACUACUCUUAUUAUUGUUCCAGAUAAUUUAUUUCAACAAUGGAUUUCAGAAUUUAGGAAGCAUAUUCAAGGAGAUUUCUUAAGAAGGCUAUUCAUUUCCAGUCAAGUCAGUAAAUCGAAUGAUACUGAAUACGUAACAUAUACUAAAGAGUUACCAAUGGAUCCAAAAGAACUCGUAAAGUUUGAUUUAAUUCUUCUAACACAUUCAUACUUUGCACGGAAAGUAGGCGAUUUAUCGGUUGAUGAAAAUCCCUUAAAUCAUAUAUACUGGAAGCGACUCAUAAUUGAUGAAGGACAUAUCAUGAAUUCAAAAUCUUCUAAAACAAGUGAACUUUGUAAGACUUUGCAUUCUGAAAGAAGGUGGGCAGUGACAGGAACUCCAACUACUGGAUUAACUAGACUACAUAUGGAUGAAGAAGAAACAGAAAAUAAGGAUCUUCAUAGUCCUAAGAAGAAAAACAAAUAUGUUAUUAAGAAUGAAUUUAAUGAAAAAGCUGAUCUUGUAAAACUUGGAACCAUUAUAGGUAAUUUUCUUAAGAUUGAACCAUUCCACACUCAACCCAAAACUUGGAUGACAAAUGUUAUUAGACCAUUAACUUUAAAUAUUUAUGGUGCUGAAGAAAAUUUAAAGAAUUUAUUAAAUACCAUUGUCAUAAGGCAUAACUUGAAUGACGUUGAGCAGGAUUUAAAAUUACCUCAAUUACACCAUGAAGCUAUUUUCCUUGAACCAUCAUUUCAUAAUAAAAUUUCAGUAAAUUUAUUUACAGCUGUAUUGGCAGUUAAUGCAGUUUCUUCUGAAAGAACCGAUAUCGAUUAUAUGUUUCACCCUAGUAAUCGUCAACAAUUAAGAAGAUUAGUUACCAAUUUACAAAGGGCAACUUUCCAUUGGACUGGGUUUAAACAAGAAGAUAUUGAAACAUUAAUUCAUAUCUGUAAUGUAUCAUUAAAGAAACGUAAGCCAGACGGUCUGUCUGUAUAUUCUGAUUAUGAUUAUCAAUUGUUACAGCAAUCAUUGGAAGCUGCAAAAAUUGCUCUUGAAAAUACCAGAUGGAGAACAGCAGCUUUAUUGCAUGAGAUGCAUUAUUACGUUAAGGGUCUUCCAGACUUAUUCACUAAUUAUUUUGGUACUGGAGUUCUUGAACGAGUGGAUAAUGUAGGCAAUAGAGAUGAUAUUGGAGUAUUUGGAGCACCACAUAUCAAUACAAUUCAAGAAUUUUUUUAUAAAAAUAGAUUUCUCGAUAUGAAUGAUGAAGAAAAAUUAAAGGAAAAGCUUUCCUUACAAUCAGGGCCAUUUUGGGAUGUGUAUUGGAAGGAUAAUGUUCGUAGAAAUGCAGCAAGGUUUAAUAAACAAGAUGCUAAUCAAAAUCUUGAAGCCAAUAUUAAAGGUGGAGCUAUUGCCAAAGCAAUUAAUACUCCUGAUUUAGUUAAAGAUUUCACUCCAGAACAUGAACUUCGAAAUGAAGGAUUGAAAAAUAGUAAUGGAUUGAAUCCUUCAUUAAAGGAGAAACUUCAAAACAAUUAUGGCCAAGGUCUACAAUCUACUAAUAGUAUACAUUCCAAUAAUCAGGAGAAAACCUACCAAUCAAUUCGAAAGUCUGAAAUUUUAGGUACAGCAUCUGCCAAAUUGUCAUAUUUGGGAGCUAGAUUACUUGAACAUCAGCAAGAAGAUAGUGCCUAUUAUUUGACUGAAAUGAUGGAUGUUUUGGGUAUUAAUUAUAUUAUGUAUGCUACCUUUAUAAAUUCAAUUGAAAGAGGGAAAAAUUUAUCAUUGUUUAGUGGUCAUGAUUGUGCUGAAGAAGGUGGUAUAACACUUGUUAUUGAUUUAAAGUUGGCCUCACAUGGAUUGACAAUUAUUUCUGCCACCAGAGUUUAUUUUAUUAAUCCUGUUUGGCAAAGAUCAGUUGAAGCUCAAGCCAUUAAAAGAGCUCAUAGAAUUGGACAAAAUAAUGAAGUAUUUGUUGAGACUCUUGUACUACGAGGUACUUUAGAAGAAGAGAUUUAUAAGAGGAGAUUACAUAACUAUACAGAUUCAGAACAAAGUAAAAGAUUUGUUAUUGAUGAUCAUGGUAUGCAACAAUAUAUAUUAAAGCAUAAUUUUCUUCCAUAUCAUUCUAAUGAACUGGAAUAUACACCAUUCACAGCCCCUUCUUUAUAUGAAGAACCUAUGAAGAAUGCUCAAGUUUUAAUAGUAUUCCAAAUUCCAACAGUUGUAUCAGCACUUGCACUAAUUAUAAUUGAAUCAUCAUAAGACCAUUUGACUGAAGUCACGGCUGAUUUAUGACCAGUUAAUAUUCCAUAAUUAGAUGAUGAAUAUUCAUCUUGAUCUUGACCAGAAGGAAUCUUCCACAAUAGUAUGGACUUAUCAGCUCCUCCAGAUGCUAUACUAAAUCCAUUAUGACUAAAUUUCGCAGUUAUUACUGGCCCAUCAUGACCUUCCAAUGAUAUGGCUAUUGCCUGGUCAUUGGAUGUAUCUACUGAUUGAGUAAGUUUAUCACUUGGUUGAUCGAUCUUCUGUCGUUUAACCAAAGACAUUAUCAAAUCAUUUAGUACUGAUCUCUUUAGACUGGUGGUGUACAGUUAGUGCUUAUUACCUUUUACAAUAGAUGGGCUCGCGAUACUUACAACCGAAAACAGUAAUUUCUUCCGCUUCUAUUAAAAGCUAUACACUACUACAC